AUGGUACGCGCCAAACGCCAAAACACCCAACCCCUCGAUGAUGCCUCCGUAGCCCCCGCGACCUUCACCGACGGGUUACCACUUCCCAAAUUGAUCGCAUUCGAUCUGGACUAUACCCUAUGGCCCUUCUGGGUUGACACACACGUCAGCGCGCCUGUCAAGGCCCGCGACAAUAACUCACGCGUUGUUGACCGAUGGGGUGAAUCAUUUGCCUUCUAUCCAGCCGUCUCAUCCAUCAUAUACGCCUGCAAGAGCCGAUCUAUUCCUUUAGCACUGGCCUCGCGUACGCAUGCGCCCGAUCUAGCCCGCGAUAUGCUCAAAGCCCUUCACAUCAUCCCUACCUUCUCAGACAACCCCGCAGCCAACAAUGCCAAAUCGAUCCGCGCUUUAGAAUAUUUCGACUUUAUCCAGAUUUUCCCGGGGAAUAAGACGCAGCAUUUCUCGCGUAUCCAUCAAUCUAGUGGAGUUACAUAUGAAGAUAUGCUGUUCUUUGAUGACGAGGCACGGAAUCGCAAUGUUGAGACCGAAUUGGGGGUCACAUUCUAUCUUGUACGGGAUGGUAUGACCCGGGAUGAGGUCGAUAAGGGCGUUUUGGCGUGGAGGAAGCGAAAUGGGAUCAAACAGAGGACAGUAGUGGAUGAUGCUUGA